AUGCGAUCGAUCCCCCAUAAACUGCGAACCCGCCCGGCAAAAGUUGAUCGUGUAAACAAGCCUCCUGCAUUGGAACUUCACUUUACAUUUACGAUCAUGUCUUCCAUCGUCAACACCCUAGGACUCCGCUCCGUGCCCGGCGUGCCCACUCCGAACCAUGCUGCCACUCUGCUGUUGGUUAAUUGGUUUUUCGCGUAUGGAGUCAUGAGCACCCGUGUUACCAAGACUCGCCUUAGGAUCGAUAAUAACGUUGCUCCUCGCGAGGACCUUGCCACCCUCGGUGAAGCUGCCGUGAAAUCUGGAAAAAUAGACAGAAAGGCUUUGAACAAAUUGAAGCGCCAGGAAGCUGCCCAUGCAAAUGCAGUCGAAGGAUACAGCUUUUUUGUUGCUGCUAUUCUUACCGCGUUGUUUGCGGGAGUUCCCAACGAAACCAUCAACACUAUUGGUGUCUGUGCCCUCCCAUCGCAUAUAAUACCGGGCGCUCAAAUAAUCCCAGCAAACGAUAAAUCUGCACUAAAGAAUGUUGGUGCUCAUCAUCAGAUAUACCCUGACCGACGAACUGUUACUAUUCGGGCCUCCAAGAAUGAGGAGGAUGAUAUAUCCUCAGACUUUCUCUGGGCUAUUCACCAAGCAAAUCAUGGCGGUCGGCUUCUCCUUGAAAAAGGAAAGACUUAUAUGAUUGGAACAAAGCUCGAUUUAACCUUUCUCGAUGAUAUCGAAGUUCAACUCGAAGGUCAAUUGAAGUUUACAAACAAUAUAACUUAUUGGCAAGCCAACAACUUUUAUUAUUCAUUUCAAAAGUCCAUCACAUUUUGGAGAUGGGGCGGCCAGGAUAUCAAGAUAUUUGGCAAAGGAACACUUGAUGGAAAUGGGCAGAAAUGGUAUGAUGAGUUUUCUGGAAGUCAGAUCCUGGACCCAGACAAUACUUUCUAUCGGCCUAUUUUAUUCCUCACGGAGAAUGCUACACGGGUCAGUGUAGAGGGAAUCACUCAAUUGAACUCGCCAUGCUGGACCAACUUCUUCGUUCGCACCAAUGACGUCUCUUUCGACGAUGUGUUUAUUCAUGCAUACUCCACCAAUGCCUCAGUCGACGCAGCGAACACGGAUGGGUUCGAUACCUUGAAUGUGGAUGGCCUUCGCGUAACUAACACACGCGUGGAUAACGGCGAUGACUGCUUCUCGCCCAAAUCCAAUACCAGCCACAUUUUUGUGCAAAAUCUAUGGUGCAAUAACUCCCAUGGCGUGAGCAUGGGAAGUAUCGGACAAUACUCGGGUGUAAUGGAUUUUAUCGAGAACGCAUACAUGGAGAAUGUGACAUUAUUGAAUGGCCAGAACGGGGCGCGUUUGAAAGCAUGGGCCGGUGAAGAUGUAGGAUACGGUCGCAUCACGAACGUCACUUAUCGUAAUGUUCAGAUUCAAAAUACGGACAAUCCAAUUGUCUUGGAUCAGUGCUAUUUUGAUAUCAAUUCGACCGAGUGUGCGAAGUAUCCCUCGCAGGUCAACGUUACCAAUAUCGUGUUUGACAAUAUUUGGGGAACAUCCUCAGGAAAGGAAGGAAAGGUUAUUGCUGAUCUGACCUGUUCGCCUAACGCGGUUUGUUCAAAUAUCAGCUUGUCGCGCAUAAACGUUACCAGUCCAGCAGGAAGCCCACCCGAGAUUAUCUGUGAUGGGAUUCAAGGGAGCAUUGGGGUGAACUGCACAAGCUCUACUUAA